GUUUCAAAUCAAGCUCCUUCCCUCUCUCUUCGACGCCAGCACCGGUGGAUACCGCCGUCCCGCUUCCACCGAUCCUCGUCGCCGGCGACGGCGGUUUCGGUCAGCCCUUAUCUCAAUUCAGUGGCGGAGCUCUUCCGUCCCGCGCUCGUCGCGCUUCUUCGACAAUCCGAGGCUGCUCUCCUCGUCCGCUUCCGCAGCACUUUCUGAAAAGAUCCGAACUUCAAGCCGUCGUCUCCUCGCUUCGGCUGCUCCGAUGAUGCAUCGGCUGUGACUCCGUCUGCUUCCGAGACAAGGGUGUAGCGUUCUAGCUAUCAUCAGCAAUGAGCCUAAUCUCGAGAGCAGGACACCGUUUGUCAAAUGGAUUCCUCCGUGCGUAUGCCAUUUCUCGUCCUGCCGUCAUGGCGGAUUCGCGCUUGAAUUGGUUGUCCCGGAAUCUCUCUCAACCGGCGAGGAAAGAGGAGGAUGACGAAGAUGAAGUGGAGAUCGACCAGCGGAGGCUUCCGGCCGACUACGAUCCGGCCACGUUCGAUCCCACGGAGCAUCGGAGCCCUCCGACGGACAGGGUCUUCCGCCUCGUGGACGAAGUGGCCGGGCUCACGCUGGUCGAGGUGGCGGAGCUCUCGUCGAUCCUGAUGAGCAAAUUGGGGAUGAAGGAGCCGCCGGCCAUCGCGGUCAUGAAAGGAGGAGCUGCCGCCGCUAUGGCCGGGAUGGCCGCGAAGGCGGCCGGGGCGGGGGCGGCGGGCAAGGAGGAGAAGAAGCCGGAGAAGACCGUGUUCGAGGUGAAGCUGGAAUCGUACGAGGCCUCCGCGAAGAUCAAGAUCAUCAAGGAAGUGAGGAGCUUUACGGACUUGGGUCUGAAGGAAGCCAAGGACUUGGUGGAGAAGACGCCGGCGGUGUUGAAAGCCGGACUUUCGAAGGAGGAAGGGGAGCAGAUACUUGAGAAGUUGAAAGCACUUGGAGCCAAGGUUGUAAUGGAAUGAAGACUUCAAAAGGGUGGAUCUGCAGCUAGUUGCAGGUGCUUCCAUUUCAGAAAUCGGGCAGCUUAUUGAUGUAAAACCUCGAGUCUGAAGCAGCGAGCCCAGCUUGAUAGAGAACUUGAAUAGAAAUUGCAACAAAAGGUUACUGACAACUAGUAAAUGCCUUGUAUUCAUCUCGAUCAAUGUUGCUCGGCAUCGCGUCUAGGCAUAAGCAUCAUGCUUAAGAGAGAAGAAUUGCAUCGGAUAAGUCGAGCAAAGGAUUCCUACUGUUGAAAUGAUUUCAUUUGCUAUUGGUUUAACAAUUUCCAAGUCAUACACAUCGAGUGUAAAUGCAUGAUGGUCCUACUUUGUGCUGAGUAGUGAGAAAUGCUGGGGGAAGAAACUUACAUUCCUCACUCAAGCACAGUGUGGAAGUUGAGACCUUGGGCACCUGAAUUUCUAAAAUGUUCUAUAUUGUAAGUUUUUCAUUCUCUC